AGUGCACCGAGAGGAGGGUGAGGGUGAGGGCUGGCAACGAGCUAGUGCCGGCCCGUGCCUCGGGGCGAGGGGAGCGAGCGGGGAGUCGCCGCGGGGUGACUGCAGUGACUCUGUCUAUCUGUGACUGUGUGUGGUGCGGAGCGCAAAAACUCUGCGGUGAAUGUCGUGUGCUCCCGGUAACUUACUGUCGCUGCUGAAAACUGCAUCAGGGCGAUGAGAGGUUUAAUUAGCCAUGAUGUUUGUGUGAUAGCGCUGGAGCUUCGGCAAGUCAGCCCACGCAGCCUGUUGCGCUUUGGAAUCAUGGUGCAAUAGUCAGUCAGUGUUGCAAAGCUGUCGUCCAUGCGUGAGGCCUUCUGGCAGCACGAGGGUUAGCGGAACGACCAUUGAGUAAUGCGGAAAAUAACGGGCACAUGCAGAGUGCGAGGGUUUCAGUAAGCUGCUUGCCAGGCGUGAAGCCAAGCAACCUAUGAUGAGCGGCAAUAAGCAGAAAUACAUUGCUUUUUUCUUCGUGAUUUGUCGGCAUGUGCUCCAAGCUGUGACGUCACACCACCCGGACCGAGAAUGACGUCACUGGUGGGCGCCACUAUGCGCGACAAGCGGCCACAGGCGCGAAAUAAGGAGGCCAAACAGUCACCCGAUAAGACAGACUCGGGGUACUUCACCACGGGCGACGAGGCACACGGCGCGUCCCUCUCCUCCAGGCCUUCAUCAGAGCUCUCCGAGGCUCGGCUUGCUGUGCUUCCUCUGGAAGAGCGGGAGAUGAUGAGUGACUCAGACGAGGAGGAUCAGCGGCCUCCGGUCGUUCCUCCUCCUCCGCUGACUACCAGAGAAGAGGAAGAGGAGUGGUCGAAUCAGUCGCUGGCCUCCGACGGGUCGUUCGUCUCGGAAAAGACGCUACCUGAGGAGGCGUUGCACACGACGACUGGUGACGCUGUUUCUGACGAGCCGGUAGUCCCUCCUCAUCCGCAAACUGCGCGAGGAGACGACAACGAAGAGGAGUGGUCCAACGUGUCGCUGGCCUCGGACGACUCGUUUCCUUCGGGACAGACGCAGCCUGAGAUUAUGCUGAACACGACUACCGAGUCCGUUUCUGACGCACCAAGUGAUCGGACAAUUCGGGGUAAGAAGGCCGUUCAGAAAUCUAGGCACCAAGGCUCAGCAACCGGUCGAGAUGUCGUCAAAAGAAAGGGUAGCAAUGCAGCCUCGAACGGCCAGACAAGGAGGGCAGCUGCAUCAGCACUAAAGCGUGCUCGUUUGCAGGGCAUGGACUCAGGGUACAGUGUGGAGGAUAGGGUGUCCGGUGCUCAAAGGAAAGUACAACCCAGCCGAACUGCCAGCCCGAUCACCCUCAACAAGCAGGGGGACAGCGAUCUAGAAACUGAGUCCAGCCUAUCGAUCGCAUCGGAAAGCACAAUAGCAAGGGAAACCGCCCAUGGCAGCUUGACAUAUUCCAGAGUUACAAGGCCCACAGCUGAGCUUCCUAGCGUCAAGAGGAAGUCAGCCGUCGUGCAGAAACGCCAGGAUAGAAAACCCACCAUAAGAACUCUCAAGAAAACGGCGGAAGCUCAGAGAAAAGCUAGGGAGCUAAAGGAAACCCAACGAUCACAGGGUAAGACCAAUGAGACCUCGGGGAGAAGGAAGCGCAGCUAUGAGCGCUCAGUCAUUGCAUCCACUGACAGGCAAGUGUCACGGUCAGUUGAGUCACUAGUCUCAGACAAGUCGCACGCAUCGAGAAGAACAAUGUCCCAAUCAAAGCCAACGACUCCGGUGCUAGCCAGCGCAGGCUCAGUCCCUGAUGAGAUGGUUACCGCAACCUCUCGUGAGCGCUCAAGACCUGACAGUCCGAGAUCCACCACCUGCAGCGCCGAAUCCGUACCUGACCGAGUGUCCAGCUCCACUCACUUCCAGGCGCAACCUGCCAAACGCCUAUCUGAGAGCAUUAGUGCAGAGUCGGCACUUGAUAGGGCUCCUACUCCUUUCCUGUCUGCAUCGGGACCAAUCCAUCCAAUGCCAGACGGCGGGAGCGCUACGGCGAUUACUGACAGAAAACCUUAUCCCCAAACGACGAAGUCCAGAUCCGCUAGUUCUCUUUCGGACGGUGUACCUGCUGGGCUGGUGCAGAGCAAAUCGUCUUCUCACGGGUCCUCUGAAACAUUUCCUUCCAAGCACGAAGACGAAGGAGCCUCCAAGAGCAAGCGUAAGCCUUCUAUGACCAGGAAUGUCGCAAGCAAGGUAGCGUCCGUGAAACGGAAAGUGCUUGGAAGAGGUCGCUCCAGAGAACGAAGCACCUCAGAAAGCCUUGACGUCAGCAAAGUAAAUGGUUCAAGUUCCGGCCCUCCAACUGACCCACCAGGGUCUUCAGAAGCACGCAAAAAUAAGGUUGGUAAUUUGGCUGCCCGCAUGGUGAGGCGUGCCUCCUUAACUGCUGAAGAUGCGCUGAAAGCCAAGGGCAAAUACACCGUAAAUGCAGUGCCACAGACAACGAGGCGUGAUUCUUUGAGGACCCCUACCACUCCCAGCAUGACUAGGCAAGUAUCUGGUGUAGACAAAAGUCGAGGAAGUGGAAUGCGGCGCACAUCAGUUGAUUCCGCAAGACCACAAGGGCAACGUCCCGGCACCGUUCCUUCCCGAUCAAACUCGAUGAAGGUGGGGCGAAUACCUGUUGGUGGAGCGGACACCCCUGUCCAGACACGUAAAGGUCGUGCAAAUCAAUCCGGGACAAAACCAACAACCCCACAGGUCAUUCGCGCUUCUCACAAGGUCACUCCACAGACCCCUACCAACACCCUCCCGAGGGAGACCAAACAACGUGCAGCGAAACAGGACAGUCCUGGGAAAGCCACAGCAAACGGUCGACAAAUCACGCCACAAGUCAGCGCGCCAUCAACGCCUGUUAGCCGUCCUCGGGGUGGAGGUGUAGUCCGAAGAAGGUUGGGUGCAUCAGAGAGCUCAGAUGUCGCGGGGCCAUCGGCAUCACAAGUGCCACCGAAGCCGCCGUCUCAGCAGCGGUCACGACCCGUGCUCCUGAAGAGACAAAGCGACAACUCACUGGAAAAAAGGCUACUAGUACAACCGUCGACAACAAGGCACCGCUCCUCCUCCGCGGACAGGGCCCCCCGAACUGAACGACAGCAAUCCAUUGCAUCAGCUCGUCAACGAAGACCGGGACGUAACGCGCCCUUCAAUCGCCAGACAGUUUCGCUCGUCCCUAAAAAGGCUAUGAAGGGUAAAGCUCUGAGGUCGACCCCACCAUCCGUUUCUUCCAGCUUUCGCGGACAGAGAAAUAAUGUCGCAGCCGUAACAGAGAAGAGAACGCCAGAACCAUCCCGGAGAACGGUUGAAUCCCCAGAGAAACCAAAACCAGAUGCACGCAUCGAUUCAAGGACUGUGAAAAGAACCACUCAAAAAGACGCCACCAAAGAAUCGCCGAAGUCACGGCAAGGUACCGCCGGCCAUAAGCACAAGUCUCACUGGCCACUGGGACAGCUCAUGCGACGAAGUUCUGUACUUGAGCCGGAAGAAAAGCAUGGGCCGGUAAGGGUGGGCAGCCGACAUGGGAGACGGAAAUCUAUCUCGGAUAUACCUACACCUCAAGAGAACGAAGAACGGCAGGAAUACAUCUCCAAAAGACGGCAUUCCUCAGUUGAUUCGACUGAUGAGUUUGCCACUGGUGGCUUUGAGGAGAAAAUUCCCCAUCAUUUCACUCCUCUACCAAUUCACAUAGAAAACGAGUCACUCCAAACGAAACAGGCAAACAGCGAACAUGGCCUGUUUGACAGCAAUCAGACAGACCGGAUGAUGAAAGAGAAUCAACAUGAUUUCCCAAGAAGGAACGAAAAGUCACGACCUGCUGCAAAGAAGGAGACAAAGCAGCAUCAGCAGGAAUAUACCUCAGAUAGGGAAGAUCAAGGACCUUCGACUGAAGUAAGCGACCACAAAAUAACACGGGUCAAAGGAUAUGCUGACGAGGAAGCUGAUGCAGCUGAAUAUGAAGACAUCGGAGGUGAGGACGGAGUGGAAGAUGAAGUGUUUGAUGACGAAGAAGAAAUUCAUGGUCAGUAUCAGGAUGAGCAGGAUGGAGCACUUCAGCACAAACUAACACCUGCUCCAUCAGUCAUCGAACCGAUUUUGGCACCUCAAGAACAGCCGCUGGAAUGCGUACUUGAAGUUGACGGUGAAGAUGAAGAAGGAAAUGAUUCGGAGGAAGAGGAGGAUGAUGAGGAAGAGGACGAAGAGGAGGAGGACGAAGAGGACAGCGAGGAGGAAGAGGGUCUGGGAAAAGACGAGGAAAUAGGGGAGGUGGAGGAGCUAAGUCAAGAGGAGCUAGAGGAAGCAGAGGAUGAUUUUGGUAGACAAGAAGAAAGUGCCGCAUCAGGUCGUGAGCCUGACGAGCUGUCUGGACACCACCAAAGGGGUUCAGCUUCUCUGACGACCAGCCGACUUCCUCCGCGUCACCCAGCGGGGCCCAGGCGGCGCUACUCCUCUCCAGAUGAUCCCAGAAUACAGAGGUCUGGCCACGGCGCGAAGCCGGCGCGGCGUCCGUCCCCGGAGGGCUGCAGCGAUGCGCCCCCGGAGCCGGCGGCAGGGGGUGGGCGGCGCGCGGCCACCGGUGACGUCACCUCUGCCAGCCGCCGCCGCCCGGCCUCGGCGGCCGCCAGUGCUGGCUCCGGUGAAAGUGUGAGCGCCGGCGUCGCUCGCGCCGCUCCAGUCCGUCGCAAGUAUGGCCAAGUGCUGCGGAGGCCGGUGCUGAGCCAGCCCCCGAAGCCGCCGCGCAGCGCCAGUGGACGCUCGCCGGCCGAGGCGCGCGCAGCCGGCCGGCGCGUGCUCUCCGUGGACGCCGCGUUUGCCGACGAUUUGGAAGUCCCCGACGGAGCUUCAGAUAGAGGUUUCCACGGCAACCAUCUACUGCCUACAAUCACCGAGUUCGACUCGGACCCGGAACAGGACCUCGACGCGCUCACAGACGGGCUGCGAAACCCCUCAGUCAGCGGGCUGCACGAGAUCUGCUCGGUGCUGCGCCGCCACCCCAGUGACUCGGCCGAGCCGCAGCCGUCGCCGCCCACCCUCUCCCGGCUGGUGGAGGCGCUCUUCGAGUGUCUGCACGCGCUCAGCUGCAGCGAAGAGUCUUGUGGCAAGGUCAACGUGCUCCUGCUGGAGCGGGAGUGCGUGCGCACCAUCCAGGCCGUCAUGGACUCCACUAUGGAGCUCGACUACAUCGUCGAGAACAAGGACUACACUGCCAAACUGGCACAAGCGCUGGACAAAGGGAACGUGACCGUUCGCGAGCAGAUCUUCAAGCUGCUGACGGCGCUCUGCUACUACAGCAAUGAGGGCUACCAGCGCACCCUGGACGCCCUUCAGCGACACCGGGACCUGCGGAAGGAGCGGUACCGGUUCAGGAUCGUCGUGGAGGAGCUGCGGAACGCGCAGUCGAGCAGCUACCGGACCACCCUCAUGGCCUUCAUCAACUGUGUCAUCAAGAGCACGACUGACGUCAAGGAGCGUGUCACCAUCAGGAACGAGUUCAUCGGUCUGAAGCUGCUGGACGUGCUGAACACGCUGCGGAAGGAGGCGCGGCCCGGCUCGCAGCUGCAGCAGGAGCUGGAGGCGUUCGACGAGCAGCGCGAACAGGACGGCGCCGAGCUGGCUCCCGGCUGUCGGGUGGACCUCAACUCGCCGCUGGACGUCUUCUACAGCGUCUACGACAUGGUGGCCGACACGCCGCAGGAGAUCGCCUUCCUGGCGAUCCUGCAGCACCUGCUGCGGAUCGACCCCAAGGAGCCCAUCUCGGACACCAUGUGGGACACGGCCGAGACGCUCGUCUACCGCGCCACCCUGCUCGACUCCAAGGAGGACUCCAACAAGCUGCUCAAGACGCCCAGCCACCACAAGGGCCUGCACCGGCUCAAGUCGGUCGACGCACGGAAAUCGUCCGUGGUCGAGAUCAAGGCGGACGCGGUGGAUGCGGCUCCUCAGACGGGGGCGCCGCCGCCACCUCCACCUCCGCCGCCGCCUCCUCCGCCUCCGCCGCCGCCCCCGCCCGGUGGGGGUCCGCCCCCGCCCCCGCCACCUCCUCCGCCCGGCGGGGGUCCGCCCCCGCCGCCGCCCCCGCCCGGCGGCCGGCCCGCGGCCACCAAUGAGGCAGAGAAGGUCACCCUGCCGCAGCAGACCACUCCGAAGCCGGCCUCAAAGAUGAAGACCAUCAACUGGAACAAAAUUCCAAAUAGCAAGGUCGUUGGAAAGAAGAACAUCUGGAGCCGGCUGGCGUCCAAGUUCAAGUCGAAGCCGAUGCCGGAGCCGGACUGGAAGCACCUGGAGGGGCUGUUCUGUCAGCAGGCGCCCGUCCAGCCCAAACCGUCACCGCAGACACCGCAGGAGAGCCAAAAGAAAAAGGAGUCCAACGAGGUGAACCUAUUCGACGGCAGGCGCAGUCUCACCAUCAACAUCUUCCUGAAACAGUUCAAAAACUCGUCGCUGGACGUGGUGGAGCUGGUGCGCGCCUGCCGCGCGGAGGAGCUCGGCGCCGAGAAGCUGCGCGGACUGCUGCGAAUCCUGCCCACCCCCGACGAGGUGGACAUGCUGAACAGCUACGACGGCGACCCGGCGCGCCUCGGCAAAGCCGAGAGACUCAUGGUCCGCCUCAUCCGGGUGCCCAGCUUCCGACUGCGGGUCGAGAGCAUGCUGCUGCGCGAAGAGUUCGACUCCAACUACGACAGCCUCAAGACGUCCAUCGUCGCCAUGAUGUAUGCUACUGAUGCGCUGAUGAACAACGAGAAUCUGCACAAAGUGCUGUACCUGACGGUGAACAUCGGAAACUUCCUCAAUUCGGGUGGCUACGCCGGGAACGCGGCCGGCAUCAAGCUCUCGUCGCUGCAGACUCUGGUGAACGUGCGCGCCAACAAGCCGGGCAUGACGCUGAUGCACUCGAUCGCCGAGCAGGCCGCCUGCCGUCACCCGGAGACGCUCGACUUCCCGGCCGAGCUGGAGGUGCUCGAGAUCGCCGCCAAGACCACCAUCGAGCAGAUCAAACAGGACGCCGCACAGCUGCAGGCCAGCGUCACAAAGGUCCGUAACCAGACGUCGAGUUCGACGGAGGCCGAGCUGCGCCAGCAGACGGAGUCGUUCCUGGACGAGGCGUCGGACCAGCUGGAGGAGAUGACGGCGCUGCUGGCCAGGCUGGAGGAGAACCGCUGCGACCUGGCCGACUUCUUCUGCGAGGACGCCGCCACCUUCAAACUGGAGUCGGCACUCGAGAUUCUGUGGAGCUUCGCCAGCAUGUUCAAGAAGGCGGUGGCGGAGAACGAGAAGAGGCGUCACCAGGAGCAGGAGGCCAGCGCGCGCAAACGGGCGCGCGAGGAGCAGCAGGCCAAGAGGAAGUCAGGAGUGGUGGGACAGAGGCCCGUCUCCCUGUCCGGUUCAGAGCCGGACAACACUGCAGACGGACUGCUGGCCAACCUGAAGGACGGCGACCGCAGGCUGGAACAGCCGCUGACGCCGCAGCCGCAGAGGAAGCGGCGCACAAUGCUGGACAUGGGCUCUCUGACUUCCGAGGACGAGCCGUCGGUGGCCAACAGCCCGCGGAUCAACCGCAAGAACCGCCUGGGCAGCUUCAGCGGCACGGCCGGCACGCCGGGGGAGGGCCCGAACGGGGUGCUCAUCACCGACUCACCCGGUACCGUGCGGCGCCGGCGGAGUCGCGUACCCAGCGAAGAGGAUGACACCCUCCUGGACUACCUGCGCUCGGCCAGUAACGAUAACCCGCGCGAGCGACGCUCCUGGGGCGGACUGGACUCGUACGGCUCCCUGGACCGCUCGAUGGCCCGGAGGAUGCGGGGAGGCGCCGUCCGCCGGCGGCCCGACCUGCUGUCGGUCGACUUCCUCGGAGACAGAGAGCGUCCGGCGUCUCCGUCUCUGCCCACACCCACCCAGGAGGAGGCCGAAAAACCGGCAGAGGGGCGGCCAAGCCACGACUGGAAGAAGAAGAUCGACCACUGGUUCGAGGAGAACGACAAGGACCGUGAACAGGCCGAGGACCUCAGCAGUCGACGGCGGCGGCUCCACCGGCGCGUCGUCGACGUCGGCGGCGACGGCUCCAAAGCAGACGGCGGGAAGUUACCCGUUACAGGGCUGGGCACCGUCCCAGAGGGAAAGUCGCUCGAGAGCGGCUCCAGCUCGUCCUACAAACGCGUCUACAAAGACUGGAAACCGUCCGUCGAACAGAAGGAUAUCCUUGGCGCUAUGGAAGCUAUAGAAGAGACCCACGACCAGCCUAGGGACAAGUCGGCCUGGAGGAAAUCCAACCUGAACGUGCCCAACAGUGCCGAGGGCACCGGCCGCGGCCAGGAGGGCGCCGCCCAGGGGACGGAGGGCCAUGACGCUCGUCGAGAUCUGAUCAAGGGGCUCGGAAGGAAAAUCAGCGAUGAGAGCAUUCCACUGUACGUCAGGAAAACCUCGAACGCUUCUCAGGACAACUUGGACAGCAGGAAGAACAGCCUCGUGAACGAGACACCAGAGGGUGUGAUCCUGAAGGUGCCGGAGGUGGCGCGCACCCCGGCCGCCGCCCCGGCGGUCCCGGCGCCGGUGGCCACCUCCGACCAGCGGCCGCGCCGCGCCGACCGUCAGGAGAGUCAGGACAGCACCUCGGAGCGGCUGCUGCCGCCCUCCAUCCCGCGCCGCUUCCGACAGCUCUCCAACGACGAGGUGCCCAACAAGAUCGACAUCGACGCCGAGAACAUCGAGACACCACCGGUGACGCGGCGCGCGCUGGGCACGCGCAGUUUCCGCGCGCCACCCAACCAGACGUGGCUGGCGGCGCCGCGCCGGUCAGAGGACGAGGCCCCCGAGGACUUCAGCGCGCGCCGCCAGCAGCGCCGCUUCCACAGCCUGCGACUGGACCCGGCGGCCGCCGAGGAGCGCCGCAGGGGGCUCAUCAAGUCCACCGGGAACGCCGACAGCUCGGAGAACGAGGACGACGAGCGGGCGCGCCUCUCGCAGCGGUACGCGCGGCUCGUCGAGCUCGCCAAGGACGCCGAGAGCGAGGGCGAGCCGGCGCGCACCAAACCCGAGGACGAGCCCAGGAACGAGGAGGAGCCGGCCGAGAAGUUCGACCGACACGCGUCCGUCCGCAAAUCGACGCGCAGGAAGCGAGACGAGGCCGAGCCGGCCAAACCGUCGUCUCCCCCGCCGGCUGAGGAGUCUGCCGGAGACCGGCGGCGGCCCAAGUCGCCGGCACCAGAGCGGCAGACGCUGAAACCGGAGCCGGAAGAACACCGUGGCUCCAACAGCGACAUCGAGCGUGCCAUCACCAGCAUAUCCGAGACAGCCGACAAGCUGAAAAAGGUGGACGCGCCUCCACCCGAGAAGAGAGACGCCCGCGAUCGCCGCUCGCGCGCCAGGAGCCUCAUCGACGGAGGUCAGGUGGCCGAGGCGAAACGGCGGGCGGACAAGGGUCCGUCCAUCCACGACAGGCUGUUCGGCAGGGCCAAGAAGGACAAGGAGCCGGCGGCGCCCGUCAAGAGGAUGUCCAGCCUCCGGCGCCGCCGCGAGGACACCGACGAGGGAUUCGCCGAGGAGACGAGCGGUGCCAGCGCCAACAACGAGGAGUCAUCGGGCCGGCGCAGGACGCGGCCCUCGUCACUGUCGCUCGCGGGGCUAAAGAAGCCGGCCUCCUCCAGCACCGCGCGCUCGCCGAGUGUGCGCGAGCGGAGCACACCCACUCCGGGCGUGUCUGGCUCGUCAACUCUGGGACGGGCUCGCUCCCGAGACCCUCCGUCGGCCACCGAGCCGACCAGAGGAGGUCUGGGACGCAGCCAGAGUAUGCGGGUAUCGGGCCCGGCGCGGCCGCGGCCCGUGCUGAACUCUGCCACGAGCGCGCUCAAGGCGCUCACAAAGAACCUCCGCGGCCGUGGCCGGGACGCCGAGCCGGCGCCGCGGCCGGCCGGCAGUCUGCACAACUCGAGCGGCUCACUGUGCUCGACGCCGUCCGUCAGCAAGCGCUCCAGCGAGUCCAGUCUGAAGGCGUCUCCCAAGCCGGGUCGGCGGGCCGCGCCGCGCGCCGUGCCGCCUAGUCCGGCGCCCGCCCGCAAAGCGGCGCCCCAGUCGAGCGCCACUGCUCGCCGCGCCGUCGCCGCCAACGGCAGCGUGGCAGGCGCGCGCCGCAGCCCCGCCGCUCGCGUGUCGUCGCCGGCGACACCGCCGCCGCGCGGCUCAUCGUCGACGCUACCCCGCGCCGGUCGACAGGCCGUGUCACGCGUCUCCUCGCACGAGGACGCACCCGCGGCGACCACUAAGCCGGCACGGCGCGUGGGCACGCCGAGCUUCAUGCGUCCGACGUCCUCGAGCACGGCACGAGUCGACCCGGCCGAAAAGAAGAAAUCCGUCUCCCGGUCGAUAACGCUGAGCAAGCCGCGCUCGACGCUGCGCUGAGCGCGCCCCGCACUCUAGUCGCCCCCGUGAGAUGUGAUAUGGCUAACAGCGGGCCGGACAGAUUACUCCAGUGAUAUUAUUGUGAGUUUUGCACUUUUAUAACGCGCGUCGCAGCCGGCUCGUAGUUUGAUUCUAGUGUACUAACGUGUCUUCUCGCCGGUUCUGUAGCUAACUGUGUAGCGCCGAGGAUAAGUGUGCAGGAAGUCGCGAUCUGAGAAGUGCGCCGUCGCGCGGAGACGGCCGCGGCCAUCGGGUGAGGACGUGGCGGCGACAGAGAGGUCGCCAGUUCUAACCGUCGUGCUCGCUGCCAAUGUAGACACGUCGCCCGUUUUGUGUACGAUGAAAAUAAACCAGCAUCUUAGGCA